AUGACUGGCGAAGAAACGCCUCCACCAACACCAAGAAAAAUUCAGCCAGACUCGCCAUUUUUUCUUGGCUCGCAAGACCGUCCCGGAGAUUUUAUAACACCAAACCGCCUUCGUAAUGACAAUUACGAUGACUGGGCUGUUGAUAUACAGGCGGCACUUGAAGCACGCCGCAAAUUUGAGUUUCUUGACGGCACAAUUACCGGGCCAACACCCCCUUGUACUCAGUCCGAUUGGACUAUCAUCAACGCAAUGCUUGUUUCAUGGAUCACAAACACCAUUCAUCCAGAGGUAAAAUCUAAUAUCUCUAAAUUUCGUGAUGCUAAACGAUUGUGGGACCACCUUAAGCAACAUUUUGCCCAAACUAAUGGCCCAAGAAUACAACAAUUGAAAUCUUCUAUUGCCAAAUGUGAACAAACCAAGACCAUUGUACACGAAGCUAGGCAAGAGCAAUCAAAGCUUCAUCAAUUUUUAAUGGGAUUAUAUUCUGAUUAUUAUGCUACUCUACGCACUAACAUUCUUUCACAAGACCCAUUGCCUAUGCUUGACCGUGCUUACCAACUAGUGACUCAAGAUGAACAAGUUCGCAAAGCUAAGCAGGAGUCCGAAGAAAAGCCAAUAGAGGCUCUUGGCUUUCACGUUCGUACAGGUGCCGGACGAGGGCGUGGGAGAACAGAACGACCUGUUUGUUCUCACUGCAACAAACCGGGUCAUGAAGCUGCAAAUUGUUGGUAUGAUUUGGUGUGUAGCCAUUGCAAGAAAAACGGGCACGAGGCUAGCCAUUGCUAUGAGCUUGUGGGCUACCCUGAACACUGGCAAGAUUAUCGCACUAAUGGAGGUGCUGGUCGGGGAGGCAGAGGAACCUCGGCUGGUCGGGGUCGGGGUGCACUUGCUAACGCUGCAACUGGCAGCAACAAUCUCGUGACAGGGGUUGUGGCUAAUGCCGUAACUAGCAACAACAAAUCAGUAGCUGACUCGGCCAAUGUGGGAAAUUCUUCUAAUCAAUUAUUUACAAGUGAACAAUGGAAAGCUCUCGCGGGGCUAUUUGGUAAUUCCGCAAUUCCAGAAAAUCGAUUAAAUGGUAAGUUUGAUAAUAAUGCUUGGAUUAUUGACACAGGAGCUACACAUCACAUUAUGGGUAAGAAAUCGUUGUUAUUUGAUACCCAACAAGUCGAGUACCCAGUCGGCCUUCCUAAUGGUGAAUUUGUCAUUGCUACUUUAGAGGGAUCUGUUUGCUUAUCGGACACAAUCACUCUAAAACACGUUCUUUAUGCUCCACAUUUUAGUUGCAAUUUACUUUCUGUUUCACAACUCAAUGACGAUUUACAAUCUAUUGUCCAGUUUGAUUCUUAUAUGUGUGCAAUACAGGACCCAACGAAGGAGCUAAUUGGAACGGGAGUUAGGAGAGACGGACUUUACUACUUCAAAGAACCUGAUUCGGUGCAACAUGUAACCGUGACCGAGGCAACAUCAAAUUUAGAGUUGUAG